AUGGCAUAUGGGCUGGCCCUCAUGCCAUUUGCCUACCCCGACCUAACGGUGAUGAGCUCGGUGCUGACCUCAGCAACAAAGCAGGCGGUGCGCCUGACCACGGCCGCCCCAAACCUCCUCAUCCAGAAUGCGCGUGCCGCUGGCGGACUUGGCUGUCACUCACUGGCGGUGGAAGCUGCCACGCAGGCCGCAGAGCGCACCAUCACCUGCCUGAAUGACAAAGGCAGAAUAGGCAGGAUCACAAGAGCUCUGCUCAGGGCACAGCUGGAGCUACACAAUGGCACCGCCACGGACGUGGUAGGACCGUCCAACAACAGGCCGAGCUGGCUGCACCAAUACAGCAUGGGGCUGCGGAGGCUCGAAAUAGCGCGCCAGACGGGCCUCUUCCUGGCAAACGAUGCGUGCGAUUUCAAAACCAAACAGCUGUCACAGCAGCUCAAGGCGUGGCUGACUCGCCUGGGCGGCGCGCCGGCCGCCAAGCCCACUGCCUUGAAAGCGAUUACCGAUGCACUCGCACCCGACCUGAUGAAGUU